AUGGAAGUCAGGCACACUGGAUCUCCUGGGGAGAAGAGAGGAGCGCAGAGGGGGGAGAGUCAGCCCCUUUUGCUGAAUCCAGAAAUUGUGUUUGUGCUUUGUGAGCAGUGGUGGCCAUCUUCUGAGCUGGCAGCUUUAAUCAUGCAGCCUGCUGAAACAGAAGUGAAGCCGAUGGAAAAAGAGCUGAACGAGAGGGCAGAACACGGAGACACGCAGGAAGAGAGGUGA